AUGUGCCAACGCGGCUGUUUUUUUGAAACAGCGGCAUGGGCUGGUGUAGAAGAAAAGAAUUGUUCUACGAAUACUGACGGUCGAACGAUGUCUUGCUAUACAUGCAUGGGACGGGAUAUGGAGAAUUGUAUGCAUGGGGUAACGUGCUGUAAAGGUUCCUGCUUCAAGUUGGUUGAUGAAGAACAUGACAUGAUCGUGAAGGGAUGUACGAAUGACGACGAAGAAGAUGCCUCGAUGAAAGUUCGUACUUUGGACAUGGGACUUUAUUGGGUGAAUAACGAAAAGGUCAAAGGUAAGUGA